AUUUGCAUAAAAUAAAAAGAAAAAAAAAUUGAUUCGAAUUGAAUUAUAUAUAUGUUGUGAACAACAAAAGAGAAACAAAGAAAUCUAAAAAGAAUGCCAUUCCAGAUCAAUCAAAUUGUGAAUGAAUUUGUUACAUAUUCCGGAAUAUAAAAUAGAAGGAUCAUAGUUUUUAUUUUAAUAUCAGUAAGAUUUAAUUAUGAUUUAUUAUAAGAUAAUUUUAGCUACAUUUCUAUCAUCUAUUAUUUAUAUCCAAUGUAUCGAUGAACAAAAAUUAUUGAUCAUUUCAUUCGAUGGUUUUGGUCAUCAAUUUUUAAAUCCUGAUCUUACACCGAAUUUAUAUCGACUUAGUAGGUUCGGUACUACCGGUUAUAUGUUGUCAACAUUUUCCACGAAAACAUUACCAAAUCAUCAUUCAAUUUCGACCGGAUUAUAUCAGGAUAAACAUGGCAUAAUACAUAAUCAAAUGUAUGAUCCAAUAUUUAAUGAACAUUUUGCCGAUGGUAAUGGUAAUGAUGAAAAAUGGUGGAAUAGUGAACCAGUAGCCGUACCACUAUAUAUUGCAAAUCAAUUAGAUGAUCGACGACGAGCAAGUUGUUGUUCACCAUGGAUCGGUUGUCAUGUCCCAUAUCAUGGCCGGCAAGCUCAUUAUUGGCGACGAUUCAAUAAAUCAUCCUGUUAUUAUGAACAAUUUGAUUGGACAUUGAUGAAAUUAAUGGAUAGAUUAUGGCCAGCAAAUUUGGGUAUGAUGUAUGUACAUGAACCCGAUAUGACCGGACAUAAAUAUGGCCCGUAUGGUAAACAAACCAAACAACAAAUUAAUCGAUUAGAUCGAUUUGUUGGCUAUGUUUACAAUCGAUUACAGCAAUUGAAUUUGACGAUGAAAUUAAAUGUUAUUAUUCUAUCUGAUCAUGGUUUGUCCGAUAUUCGUCCAUAUCGAUCAAUCGUAUUGGAUUCAUUUUUAAAUAAAACUUGGUAUGAUGCAUACGGGUCGAAUCCAGUGUACACAUUGAAAGUACGAAAAGGAUUUGAAACAAAUGUUCGAAAAAUACUUGAACCAUAUCGAACUGACAACCAGAAACGGAAAACGACAGCAACAUUUCGUGUUUAUAGCAAACAACAAAUACCAAAGCGAUUUCAAUACCGUAGUAAUCGUCGAAUAUUUGAUUAUCUAUUGAUAGCCAAUGAAGGAUGGAGCUUAUAUAAAACAAUCGAGGAAAAAUGGAAAGCAGAAUCAUCGUAUGGCCAACAUGGAUAUGAUAAUCGAUUGAACAUUAUGCGUCCAUUAUUCAUUGCAUUUGGUCCAUCAUUUAAGGAACAAUAUUAUCAUCAUAAUCGUUUUAUCAAUGUUGAUCUAUAUCCAUUAAUGUUAAAAUUAUUGAAUAUCAAUCCUAAUCAAUAUUACCAUCAGGGUAAAUGGAUUAAUGUUCGAAAGAUGCUAAAACAACAAUAUCAAUGA